AUGACAAGGCUCGCUUGAUUCUGCCUAGGCGAAGUAGACCGUUUGUGGGCAAUGCUUUCUCGGGCCGAUUUUGAUUGUUGCAGCACCUAGGGCCAUGCCCACGGCGUCGAUUCGGGCUUAGAGAUCAAGGGAGAGAGGCAGGUAGCUAGCUGAUUCGUCUCGACGGCGUCCAGGGCCAGUAUGGAGUUUAAGCCGACCUUAGGCUCACGUCGCUUUGUCUCGCAAUACUGCUCAUUCACAGUGGUAAUUAUUAUGAUAUGGGGCCAUCAUAAAAAGAGACCAAGAACUGUAGCGGGCACAUGUAGCCCAUCAGUUCACCGGACUUGCGAUUUCAUGGUUGUUCGACGCAUCGUUUGAUGAUCAAGCUCGAAGGGAUGUCGGAUGGCAUUGAAGCUUCGCUGCAGUGAUGAAGGAGACGGAAAUUGAUGAACUGUGAAACAUUGAGAGGGUAAAACACGGAUAAGAUAACCUUGGAAACUUUGAAAGCUCUCGUCUCUCACCUGUCAAAAACAAAGAAGACGAGCCAUGGCCAGAAGAUGAUUCUUGUUGCCG